AUGCAGUCAUCCCCGACAGAUCUGUGGGACAACCACAGCCUGUUUAAAGAUGCCUCACCACUCCCUCAGCCCCCCCCCUCUGCACGCCUCGCCCAUGUGACCUCCGCCGCCCCGGCUAAGCGAAUCACCUUCUACAAAAGCGGCGACAACCAGUUUGGGGGGGUCAGGAUGGCGAUCCACAAACGCAGCUUUAAAUGCUUUGAUGCCCUGCUGGAUGACCUCUCACAGAAGGUGCCCCUGCCGUUUGGCGUGCGGACCGUGACCACGCCCCGCGGCACCCACAACAUCAAGCAGCUGGAGCAGCUGGAGGACGGCGCGUGCUACCUCUGCUCCGACAGGCGGCAGGCUAAGCCAAUCAACAUGGAGCUGGCGGGCAAACGACCUGCCGUCUGGCAUCAUCACGGCCGGCGCCCACACCGGCCCGAUGGCCCGCCCGCUGCGUCCGCGGCGCCCACACACCACCCAGCUCAUCGGCAGCGGCGCGUGCUAUUGGUCAAGAACAGCGACCCGGGGGUGAGGCGCAGCGUGGUGCUGGGGCGGCGGUCCACUCACAGCCUCAGGGCCUUCCUGGAAGAGGUCUCGGAGCUGAUGCAGUGUCACAUCAGGAAACUGUACACCAUGGAGGGACGUAAGAUUGACAGCGUGCAGAGCCUGCUGACGUGCCCUGGUGUGCUGGUGUGUGUGGGCCGCGAGCCCUUCAGCCCCCUGCUGGUGGAGUUCCUGAGGAAGAGCUCUGAUGAGAAGCUUCCAGGGCUGGGGCCAAGAACCUCUGGCAACGGGGCCAGGACGCCCGGCAACGGGGCCAGAACGCCCGGCAACGGGGCCAGGACGCCCGGCAACGGGGCCAGGACGCCUGGUAAUGGGACCCGCUCCCCAGUCCACGGGGCCCCCCGCUCGGGGGCCAGCAUGUGCAGUGAGGGGCAUGAGAGCAAGAAGAACGUUAACUUUGGUCUGGAGACCAAGAAGAGCAUCAUCCACCCUCGCUCCGACUCGUCCAACCGCUCUACGCGUUACUCCCUCUCCUCUGAGAAGUCCUUCCCCAACGGCCUCGGUACCUGCUCCCACUCCCACCCGCAGAACCAGGCCCGCACCGCCAUCUUGAACGACGACAUCGAGAAGCGUGUCCUGGUCAACAAAGAUGGCAGCCUCUCCGUGGAGAUGAGGGUGCGGUUCCGUCUCCAGAAUGACCAGACCCUGCUGUGGUCCACACAGAUCAAGAAGUCCCCAUCGGACUCUCUGACCAAUGACUGCUUCUCCCUCAAGGAGACCCAGCCCCCAUAUCUGCCACAGGGCCAAUCAGAGAGCCGCUCCGACUCGGGCUCCUGUGACCCGGAGGCGGUAGAGUACGUAGCCCAGCCUCUACAGCGCCCCCUGGAGGAGAGCCACUGCCCCUGCUGCUACCAGCGUCAGGACCAGCCCUACGACCUGUGGGAGAACCCUGCCCACAGCAAAGCUGCGGCCAUGCCGCUGCAGACCUCCAGACACACCCAUUCCACAGUCAGACACACCCACUCCUCCAGCUCCUCCUCCUCCUGCCACUCCCAGAGGCUGGUGAGGAGGCGCGCCGAGCCCUCGGGGGGAGGCCCGGAGCCAGGCCAAGUGCUGCAGGAGGAGAUGUGUGUGACGGAGGAGGUGCAGCGCAGGGUGGAGGUGGAGCGAGAUGGAGACACCAGGGUGGUUUGCACUGUCAGGAGGUGCUGCAGCCGCAGUGAGAUGACUGCCGGCGACGGCCUCCACCCACACAGCCGCCGCGAGGAGGAGGAGAAGAGUGAGGGGGGAGGAGGCAAGCGAAGCAGCCAGAGUCACGGCAACGAGCUGAUGAUGUCAGAGGGGGAGGAGCGUCCGUUCUCGGCGGUCAGUAACUCCUCCCACAUACUUCAUGCUCUGCAGGAGGACCUGGACGACGAGGACCUUCCCCCUAGCGUGUCUCGCUGCUGCCAUAGCAACGACCUCACGCCAACGCCCUGCCACCUGACCCCACAACCGCCCAGCCGAGCCUCCGCUUGCUCCCCUCACUCCUCCAAACACAGGAAGCUCAGCCACAGGGCCUCCCCCAGCCCGGCAGCCACGCCCCUGGGCGGGGCCGCAGGAGAGGAGGGGGAAGCCAGCAGGGCUGCCUCAGCAGUCUCCUCCUGCCUCUGUGGAGCCGCCGCGCCCCAGUCGCCAACCGCUCAGGAGGACCAAGACCGCCCGGUCAGCGCAUGGUCCAGAAGCAGCCACGCCUCUCGUCGCUCCAACAAGGCCAGGACCCCGAGUCCGGACGAGGGAGAGGGAGCGGACGACGAAGACAAUGAAGAGGAGGAGAGGCCGCCGAGUGGCCUGUCCACUCACACUGGGCUCUCUGGCUCGUCCAGUGUGUGUCCACACUGCGGAGGCUGUGAUCGAAUGCCCACAUCCGGAGAUUCGGCCAGCCAAGCUUCCAACACUUCCCGCAACACACACUGCUCCCACCCGAGGGCCGCCAACAGUCCCGACAAUGAUGAUGAAUGUGUGGCUGAGGGAGAGAGGGGGGCCAGCGUAAUGUCGGAGGGGUCCGAUGUGUCGGGCGCGUCCCAGGGUUCCAACAAGUCCAACUGCACCGCAUGCGGUCGUUUGUCUGUGACAUCACACUACACAGAGGCCCGAGUGGCCAGCGCCAUGUCCCAGGAGUCUGUGCGGUCCCGGAGGUCUCGCUCCAACACGCCACCAGAGGCACCAGAGACCACCCCACCCAUGCCCCUGGUAGAAGAAGAAAACGACAAGGAGGAAGACAGAGCAGCUAGUGCCAUGUCUGCUAAGUCUCAUGCUUCUAUCAGGUCGACGAGAUCCCACAAGUCUAACUAUGAUGGACCUGAUGAUAACAGUCCAACUGAAGUAGAGGCAGGCACCACAAAGAGAGCAGCUAGUGCCAUGUCUGCUAAGUCCAACCUCUCAGCCCGCUGCCCUCCAGAAGCAGACGAACAGGCAGAUGAAGAGGAGGAGAAACCCGAGGAGAGUGCUGCAAGCGCCAUGUCGGCGCAGUCUAAAGUGUCAGCCAAGUCCAGCAGGUCGCACAAGUCCACCUGUAACAGCAGUCCACCAGCUGUGUGUCCCACUCCUAACCCAGAGGACGUUCCUGUCAUUGAAACAGCAGAAGCAGAAGGAGAGGGCAAACAGAGGGAUGAAGAGGGAGAGAAGGAGGAGAGAGCAGCCAGCGCCUUGUCAGCUACGUCAAAAGCAUCCGCCAAGUCAACGAGGUCCCACAAGUCGACCUGUAGAGCUGUAACUCCAGAGGUCCCUGCCAAUGAGACAACGGGAGGAGAGGAAGAGGGAGGCACAGAGAACAGAGCAGCCAGCAGCCUCUCAGCUAAAACCAGCUCAUCACAGAAGAUCAAAACUCCUGUGGAGGUGCCAGCAGGGCGGGCACAGAGUGCCUUAUCAGUGACCUCCAGAACACCCAAAGCCAUCAGAUCUCCCUCCCCCAGCAAGACCCCUCGCAGAGAGGAGUCUCCCUCCCCUUCGCAGAGACCCCGCUCCCCUAAUACUCCCAAAACACCCAAACCUCCAGUUCCUUCCCCCAGGAAGCCUCAACCCCCGGUCCAAGAGACUGAUCCCAGCCCUGGUAAGACAGAGGAGAGAGUCCCCAGCUCCUUGUCUGUUGGCUUCAAAGCUACUACUAGGUCCCGCCAAUGUCACUGCGGAGCUGCAAAAGCACCUCCUGAAGAGGGCGAGGAGGAGAGGAAGGAAGAAGGGGAGGAGAUGGAGGAGCGAGAAAAGGCCGGCAGUGUGCAAUCAGCCGCGUCAAAACGCUUGCUCUCGUCAGCCAAUCGGGACAGCCAAUCAGGCAGAGACAGUGCCGCUGAGAGGCCGCUAAGCCGCACCUCCACAACGUCCAUGUCCAUCGAGCUGCCCGAGGAACAGACACAGGAAGCUGCGGCCUCAGAAAGCCUGUCUGACAGUGGGAAGUCCAACAUCUCCGCUCGGACGCACACUUCCUGUAAGAGCCGAGCCAAGACCCCCGAUGGACCUCAGGAGGCAGAAAUGUCCGGGGCAGAGGACAGGGCUGCUAGCGCUUUGUCUGCUAAGUCUAAGACCUCUGUCAGGUCUAGCAAGUCCCACAAGUCCAUCUGUAAGAAAAGUGCCAAAGCGCUGUCUCCCACUCCCAACCCGGAGGACGUUCCUGUCAUUGAAACAACUGAAGCAGAAGGAGAUGGAGAACAGAGAUCUCAUAAAUCUACCGCCAACGUCAGUGCAAGGGCCUUGUCCCCUGGUCCUAAAGCAGAAGACAUACCUGUCAUUGAAACAACAGGAGCAUCUGAAGACCGAAGGGAUGACGAAGAAGAUAUCACGGAGGAGAGGGCACCUAGCGCCUUGUCUGAUAAGUCCAAAGCUUCAGUCAAGUCCAGUAAAUCUCACAAGUCUACCAGUAAUGGGACUGUAAAAGCUGCUUCUCCAAAGCCACCCAACGGCCCUAAAGCCAAAGUCACCAGUCCCAUCCCCAGCACCACAGGAAGUGACCUAGAUACAGGAAGUGUAAAAACUGCCACAACAGUGAGAGCUAAAGGCAAAGCAGGCAGCCAGGUAGACACCACUGAAACCAGGGCCAUAUCGGUGAUGUCAUCAUCCAGCGCCAGGGUCCGCAGCAAGUCCCCCUCCAGAGCUUCUCAGGUCAGCCCAAAACCCUCCAAUCAAGCGACGCUUGAGACGGGAAAUGCCACCAGCGCUCGCUGUGAGAACAGCCUCAGACCCUUGUCUGCAGCCUCAUCCCGCUCCAGCUCCAGGACCAGGGCACAGGUGGCGAGCGAAGGACAGGAGAGGUCAAAGAGCAGCUGUGGCCUCCUGGAGGUCAAGGGUCAAAAGAUUACGUUGGACACCAGCAGCGAUAACGGAAGUGUCCGCACUGCCAAGUCGACAAAAUCGACAAAGGCCACGACAGUGAAGGAAGCCCCAGACUCUCCAAGACCCAGCUCAGCCUCCUCCAAUAAGAGCAAGCCCAGGAAAUCAGUGGACAACUCCAGCAUGGGUGCCCUCUCCCACUCGCUCUCUGCCGCCGACCUGCUGAGGGAAACGCUAGCCAGCACGCGCCCCCAAAGCUCCGCCUCCGAGAGGGCCAAUGACAAGGCCAGGAGCGAGCGGAGUGGGAGGAGUCAGAGCAGCAGGAAGCCCAAAGAGAACAAAGCGGAGCUCGAGCUGACCCCUGCCUUCCUGCCUAACGCGUCUCCCAACGAGGUGGUCAGUGAUUGGCUGAUGAGCAUUCCAGCUGACGGCGGGGCGUACACACCUGGAGACGAGCUGGACGAGGGAGGAGAGGGAAUGGAGAAGAGAGGGGAGGAGGGUGGGAAUGAAGAAGAUGAGGGGAUCACAGAGCAAGAGAAGGAGGAGGAGGAGGCUCCCCAGGACAUGGAAGAAGAACAGGAAGUGAAAAUCGAGGAAGAAGAAGUGUCCCCUGUGCAUGGGCGUCGGCUGAGCACCUCGGCCAAAGGCCUGCUGGACUGCCUGGCCCAGCUCCAGCUCAUAGACCCCACCUCGGGCCCAGACGCAGGGCCGGACGCGGACAAAGACCGCAAGCAGCGCUACUCGGAGCUCAUGGACAUCCUCCAGUCUCUCUGGCUGACUGACCCACGGGAGGGGAGAGACAGAGGCAAGGACCAGGUCACCCCUCCCACGUCAUCCUCCGGGGUGUACUCUGGGGGAUCCGCAGGGUCCAGGGGUUCUGGGAAUGGGGGGGUCGAAACCACGGAAAAAGGAGAGAUUCCUGAGGAAAGGGAGCACGGCCAGGUUCUGAAGACCCCCGAAAGCCCCAAGGCCACCGAGACCCCUUCAUCUGACGACCUUAGCUCCACCUACAAGUCCCCCACCGACACCGAGAGAGACACACCAGAAGACACCAGCUCGAGCACCCCGCCCUCGGUGGUGCGGGCACCGCUGUCCAGGCGCGUCUCCCAGGACCCCGACCCCACGUGGGUGCUCAACCUGCUGAAGAAGCUGGAGAAGCAGUUCAUGAGUCACUAUACGGACGCCAUGGUCGAUUUCAAGGUGCGCUGGGACCUGGACGACAAUGUCCUCCUGGACGCCAUGAUCUCGGAGCUGAGGGACGAGGUGAGCAAGCGCAUCCAGAGCAGCAUCGACAGAGAGCUGAGGAAGAUCCAGGGGCGGGCGGGGAGAGGGGGGAAAUCCCCGAGGCCUCCCCAGGCAGGACACCUCUCCAGGGAGUCAACCAUGACAGAACAGAGAAGGCGCAGGCUGAAGGUCAUGAAGGACCAGUCCUUGAGCCUGAGCCCAAACCCGAAACACAACCCAGACUCCCAUAGCGACGGAGACGGGACGUCAGGUGCCGACUUCAGUGACCAGCGCAGCGAGGACGAGUACUGCCCGUGCGAUGCUUGCAUACGCAAGAAGUUGGCUGCCCGGCCGAUCAAAGAGCAGGCUGUAGUCGUCACUGCACCAGUGAUAAUGGAGUUUGACCUGAGGAAAAUCCUGCAGCGGAGGAAAGAGCCGGAGUCUGUAGCGCCCCCUCUGUGUAGGGAGGAGAGCGGCAAGGACACCCCAGAGGAGGCGGGGAACCUGGAGGUGCUGCAGGAAGUAGAGGAGGAAGAGGAGGAGAUGACGAAGGACGAUAUCGGAGUGGAGGAAGAGAUAGCUGAAGAGAUAGAGGCUGAGAAAGGAGGGGAUGAGGAACAAGACGAAGGCGGAGCAGAGGCCGAAGAUGGGGGUAUGGAUGAAACAGAGGAUGAGGUGAAGGAAGAGGACGCUGCAGUAACGGGUGGGGAGGAGGAGGCUCCUGUUGAGGAAGAUGCGGAUGGUAAAGUCGGGGCCUCUGCAGAGGCGGAGGAUGAAGAUGAUGCUACAGGGGACACUGUGACAGAUGAGGACAGGAAGGGGCAGGAAGCAGAGGCACAGGAAGGGGAGGGGUCAGAGGAGGAAGUGGCAGCCCCUCAGGAACAGGAAGUGACGUGUGUUCAGUGUGUAACGGAAGGGGAGGAGGCGGAUGCUGAGGACUCAGACAUGGAUGCCAAACGCCUGCUGGAGGAACAGUGUGUGGAGAAGAAUAAAGGAAGAGAGACGGAGGGCCAUCUCAUCCACCAGUUCACCAAAACCUCAGUAGAGUCCCAGUCUGGCUCCAUGGAGGCUGUGUACCCAGAGCCCAAGAGCCCAGUUUCCCCCCUGCGCCCUAUCAUCCCCAAAGGGGACCAGGAAACUACCUUGGAAGGACCCAAGAUGGUGUCAGUGUCCACCGGUGAGGGCGCCGGGGGCAAAGGCCACAGGAGGAGUCGGUCUCCAGCCCGGUCCAAACGACGCACACCCAAAGAAUGCGACCUGGAGCUGGACGACAUGGAACUCUAACUUUACCAUGACAACGGCAACCCAAGACAACUAUUUACCUUUACGGAGCAUGUCGGUCAAAACUGGAACACCCUAGAACUGUAAUCCUCACCUGAGGGUUAGAUCAACUAGAACCUUAAUCUGCACAGAACAGACUCUUAAACCACUUAAAGCACUUUAUAAUUCCAGUUUGGGUUCAGGGAUAAAUCUACAGGUGGACAUUGUCCUGGCAGAAAACCAUGUUCUCCAUAGGAGCUGGCUUUGUAAGAAAACAACUACAUAUUGAAACUUGAAACUUAACAAACCAUAUAAACAUCACGUAUUUCUAUUAGAAAAGCUGUAUUUAUGUAUUAUUGUAUUUGUUUAUAUUUUUGGAAAGGAUGUAUGUUACAUACUGUAUGGUAUAUUUAUUUGUGAAUGAGUCUGAUUUAACCGAAGAAAAGUGUAUUUUUAAAUAAUUAAUACGAAGGAUAAGUUAAAACAUGGACAAUUAUGGACCACAGGGUAUAUGGCUAAUAGCCUCACACAUAAUGUGUGCAUCUAUGAGACUAGCCGUUAGGGCAAAAACAUGUAUUCCAAAGUUUAAAAAACAAAAAAAACAUGUAUAUCUCCUACUAAUCAACAUUAGAGCUGUAAUAUUGUGCAGAAUGUUGGAUUCUCAGGGACUUUUUUAAUAGAGGAUUCUGGUGGUCGGACUGUAUCCAACGACCCUUCGCUUGACGUCCAAAUCGUGCACCCUCCCCCGACCUCCACAGUCAGGGUCGGGGUUGUGUUUUCAAAGGUGUUUGUCGAAGGGAGUGUUUAUGUGGCUUUAAAGCACACCUCAGAUUUAAGGUUGGGUAA